AGAUUCUGGGUUGUUUAAACUAAAAAACAAAGAGAAGGGACAUUCAGUCUGCGGGUCAUAUAGAUGGGCUCGUGCCAGAUCGGGCAUGAAAUAAGACUUCUUGACUAUGACGGGUCGAUGACGUACGUAGCGAACAACAGGCCGAACCUCGAGCAAGGUCGUACUGGGUCGGGCCCAAACCAUGCCAAGCCGAGCUGCAUGGUGGUCUGACCCAUGCCCACCUCUAGUUAAAUAAUCACCAAAAGUUUAAAACUUGUCCCCAUAAGCGGCUAAGAAAUCCAAAUCCUUGGACGUGUUUAAACAUUGUUCAGUAUUAUAUACCUUAAAUUAAAUAAAGUUAAUCAAUAAUUAAGCACACAUAUCACAAAGACUUGUUUUGUCUUGGCAACAACGAAGGAGCUUUAAUGCUUUAUUUCAUUCUAUAUUAUCAUCAUCUCGUUCCAUUUUAAUUCAUCUGCAACCCAGUCAAAACACAGAAUUCUCCCCUUCACUGAUCCCCAAUUCAAAAGCAUUUUUAAAGAAAGCCUGACAAAAAAUUGAGAGUAUUAACAAAAGUAACUUCAUAAAGAAAAGGUAUUGAUUCUUAAUCCAAAAGCCACAUGCUAAAAGAAUAAAAGUAGUUUUUUGUGUCAAAUUAGUCCUUGUUUGGUUUGGUUUGGUUCUUUGAAGAGUUAAAAGAAGAAAAUGGUAGCUGUUUACAACAAAGAACUGUUAAGUUGGUAUCUGAUAACUCUCAAACUCAGAGAAACAGUCCAAAAUGCUGAUGCAUCAGGAUCACCUGCACAGCAGCACCAGCACCAGAACCAGCAUCAGCACCAACACCAACACCCCUCAAAGCUGCAACUCUUACCGGAGCCGCUUCAAGUGAUGAUCAACGGAGACGAGAGACGGCGAGAAGAGUUAAUACAAUCACCAGCAAAUCCACAAGAAUCGGAGUGGAUAAUCUCCAUCAAGGAGAGACUAGAGAGGGCUAGCAAUGAUGAUGUUGCUGGUUCAUGGUCCAAAAUAUGCAUAUAUAGAAUACCACAUUUCUUGAGGGACCAAGCUGGGUUAGGAGAUGAUAAAACCUAUAUUCCACAAGUAGUUUCCAUAGGGCCUUACCAUCGUGGGAAGCGGCGUCUCCAACCAAUGGAACGCCACAAAUGGCGCGCCUUACACUAUAUGCUAAAGCGCAAGAGGCAGAGUAUAAAGCUCUAUAUUGAGGCAAUGCAAGAGUUAGAAGAGAGGGUCCGAGCUUGUUAUGAGGGACCGUUGAGUCUCACGAGCAAUGAGUUUGUGGAAAUGUUGGUUCUCGAUGGUUGUUUCAUUCUCGAGUUCUUUAGAGGGUAUACUGAGGGAUUUGAGAAUCUUGGAUAUGAAAGAAAUGAUCCUAUAUUUGCGAUGAGGGGUAUGAUGUACUCCAUAAGACGGGAUAUGAUGAUGAUUGAGAAUCAAAUCCCUGUCUUUGUCCUUGAAAAGCACAUUUCGCUUCAACUAGGUGCUCCAAACCAAGGGAGACUCGUUGCUGAUUUAGCGAUCAUAUUCUUUGAUCCGUUAUCGCCCAUUGAUGAGCCAUUGACCGCUAGGCAAAUGAACAAGUUGGAAUCAUCCUUACAUGUUAACAACUCAGUGGCUUUCCACCCUUUGUCAGACCAGUCUGGCCUUCAUUGCCUUGAUGUGUUCCGAAGGAGCCUGCUCAGGAAAGGUCCUGAGGCCGUUCCUAGGCAUUGGUUCAGGAAAUGGUCUAGGAGAAACCUAGUGGUUGAUCAUCGUAGGACUCAACUCAUCCAUUGUGUCACAGACCUGAAAGAGUCCGGGAUCAAGUUCAGGAAGAGAAAAACAGAUCGUUUUUGGGACAUAAAAUUCAAAGACGGAGUCCUGUAUAUACCUCGGCUUCUAGUCCAUGAUGGAACUAAAUCAUUGUUUCUUAACCUUGUGGCAUUCGAGCAAUGCCACCUAAAUUGCACUAAUGAUAUAACAGCUUAUGUGGUUUUCAUGGAUAACUUGAUUGACUCAGCACAAGAUGUGAAUUACCUUCAUUACUGUGGGAUACUUGAGCAUUGGCUUGGUAAUGAUGCUGAAGUUGCUGACAUGUUUAACCAUCUUUGUCAAGAGGUUGUGUUUGAUAUUAAUGAUAGUUAUCUCUCUAAAGUUUCUGAAGAGGUAAAUACAUAUUAUAACCACAGGUGGAAUGCUUGGCGCGCGAGCUUGAAGCACAAGUACUUCUACAAUCCUUGGGCUGUCAUAUCUUUCCUGGCUGCUGUGUUUUUACUGUUGCUUACUGCAGCACAGACUUACUACUCUGUCUACGGUUAUUACAGGCCACCCAAUUGAGCUUGAGCCUAUCAAAGCGAACCAAUCUUCUACAGUUUCUAAGUUUUUUUGGUUGGAUUUUUGUCAUAUGCGGUUGUUUCUUAGUUAUGUAUUUGCAUACACUUUAUGAUUUUAUUUUUUCAUAAGUUAAAUACAAUGGAAGAAAUUCUUGUAGGGUGAAAUUUACCUUCAUUAUGUCUUUCUGAAGUCAAAGGAUGUAAUUGUCAAUUUGUCAUCUAAAUAAGAAUCAAUAUACUAUCUAUACAAAUAUAUUAAAAGUCGUACA